AUGGCGCCUCUGAUAUCCUCACCUGAGUCAUCAGCGUCGAACUCGUACGAGAGGCCACAGCCUCGCCCGCCCAAGACACCAGCACACGCAGCUCAGAUCCGAGUGCGCAACCGGCGGCGCGAGUGGCUAUCUCGGCACCCGUCGUACUUCCGCUCCCUUGAGCAUGAGCUUGCUGACCCGCCGCUCUACGACGUCCUAAUACGGCGUUUUCAAUCUCACGAAGAGCGUGAGAAGGAAGGUCGCGCUAAAGGUUUUGGACGCGUGCUCGAGGUUGAUAUAUUGAGAGGCGAGGCGCGGCUGUCGAGGUUGGCCGACCAGACGCGAAGCAGGACCAAUGAUACCAUUGGUGAAAGCUUUAACAGCGAUAGUUUGGUAUCAGGAGCAGACUCUACGAGUAAUCACCUCACACAACUAUCUUAUCCACAGGCAUCAUGUCGGCCGCCAGAGACGGAAGCUGUGACGGACAUGAACUGGGAGGAGCUAGAUAUACUAGAGGCACAUGACCUUGAAAAGAGGUCUGCCCCGAAAACCGCCGAAGAAGGCCGUAUGCGCUGGGAUGAAUUUCUUCGGCUCCGGUUUAUUGCCGGCGGAGACGAGGAUUUUGAUUAUCGUUCUGUCGAUGAGGACGAUGAAUUUGACGCCCUCGAACGUCGAGAGCAGGAAGAUGCGUGGUUUGACAUUGAGGAACCCGGUUGGGUCGGAGAGAGUGAUUAUGAUGACGAGGUAGAAUCAAAGGGUGAAGGGAAGAAGAGUAUUGAGAGACCGCUCACGGGCGAGACGGGUGUACAGGACUUCUGA